GUCCAAGCUCCUCGUCAAGCUUCACUUUGAGGACCGCUCUUUCGGGGUUCAGACAAAACAGUCAACAACACUAGUCACAAUGAGCUUCUUCAAAAAUCUGUUCAAGGAGGCUGGCGUCAAGGACGUGAUCACCGUCUUCCACAAUCCGAAGCUCCCAGCGUCGACCCGCGUACAUACUCUGCUCAAGCAGCUCAAUGCCACCAGCGUAGCUCAUGCGACCGAGGACCAGGCCAGCGAUCACAGCAAACAAAGCAAAUUGGAGAGGACGGAAUUCGAGCUUGAUGUGCAGGAAGGCGCUCCCACAAGCGACCAGUUGAGCAGCAUCCUGGAGUAUCUGGGUCCUGGGCAGGCUGGCAAUGUGAUCAAGGAUGCUACAGGCACGAGUGACGCAUUGAGGAAAUUCAAGCAGAGCGAGGCAUCUUUCCAGCGUCCAGUGACAGUGGACUGGAAUAAUGGCAGAGCUGUUGUUGGAGAGAACGAGAGCGAGAUUUUGAAGCUCGUGAAAUCGGUGCCAAAGGAGACCGAGAAGGUAUGAGCUGGUUGUGUGUGGAGGAGAAUGAACAUGGCUGUGCAGCUAGAUGAAUCGCUGCGGAAACACAGUCCGUAGCAGGCGCAGAGGUCUUGACAAAAUCCCAGCUCUUUAUGAGUAAAGCCAUCCAGGAAGAAGUCUUCCAUUCUGACGGCGCUUCUUCCAUGGCCCAGAGACAAUGCCUUGUAGAUGCGGAAAUCACUUCGGGAACGCGCAGCUGCUGAUACGGCACCCAUAGCGGGCAUUCAAGCGAAUGCUGUCUCA